CUGGUUUUCUUAUUUGUUUUCCUUUAAAAUUAUACAUUUAAUGGAGAUGUCAGGUGACCGUAUUGUUAGACUUAUCUCUAAAAUGAAGGCAGUAUUAAAUCUACUAUUAAUGAGGUAGUAAUUAAUUAUAAAUGACGGUCGCAUUCGUCUGUCAAAAUAAUGUCCAAUAACUCUGAGCAGACUAUGGAAGCAUUGAGAGAAAGACAGAAGGAUGAACUCCAAGCACUUCAAGCAAUUUUUAUGGAUGGCUUUAAAGAUCUAAGAGACAACUGUGCAUGGCAGGUAUACAGACCCCCUGAGAUUCAGCUGACACUGAAACCACAGGAGAGUAUGGGCGGUGAUGGACACAUGUAUGCACAAGUCGACAUGAUCGUCAAGUGUUCGUCUCUCUAUCCAGAAGAACCACCUGUCAUUGCACUGAUAAAUCCUCAAGGUUUUCCUAGUCAGAUGGUGGACACUUUGAAACAAGAACUAGAUGAACUGGCCAAAACACUUGUUGGAGAGGUGAUGAUUCACAACCUGGCCGACCAUGUUCAGAGAUUCCUCCACGCUAACAACAAACCUCCCCCCAUCUCUUUCUAUGAUGAGAUGCUCCUCAACAUGCGACAGAGAGAGGAACUCACUGCCAAAGAACAACAGAGAAUUAUGGACCUUCAGAAAAAGAAAGAAGAAAGGGAGCGUCUCAUCAUUGAAAAUGAGAUCAUGAAAAAACGAGAAGCUCUCCGUGUAGAAACAAAAAAGAAACAUGAAGAAAACAUUCAGGUCUGUGAAGCCGUGAUGACACCAACAAAUGGAGACAUAUUGAGCAGUUUUCCUAUCAGUUCAGUGACUCCUAAUAUAUCCAUACUCUCAGAAUCACCUUUAUCAUCUCGGAAAUUCUUGGGUGGAAACACUUUCAGUAGAAAACAAAGGCAAACUAGCACUCCAAAACCAGGGUGUGAAGAAAUUGACUGCAGAAGCUAUCAUGGUGGCAUUUCGGUGCUGGCUUUUAAUACUAAAGGAGAACGUACUGUAACGAGAGGAAUGUGUCUUGGUCAUAGCCCGACUGGGAGCACACUGUAUGCUGGGAUGGACACGGAAACCGGGACAAUGGUCACAAUAACAGAAUGGGUGUUAAAAUGGCGGCACUAUGGUGGGAGAAAGAACACCGACACAGAAAAAGACAAAGAAUCUAUUGAAUACAUGAAACAAAUUCGCAGUAUUGAGCAGGAGAUUAUGUCUCUCAUUCAUCUUCAUCACUCAAAUCUCAUUCUUUAUCUGGCUAUGCGGUACCACGAGGAACCAGACAGAAUUACAGUUCAUAUCUUGAUGGAACACUGUGGUGGCUAUAGCCUUGAGAACUAUAUUAAACACAAACUUCCGAUCUCACACGAUCUGUUGAGGUACUACACUGAUGGACUUCUGGAAGCUCUCGAUUAUCUUCAUAAGAAAGCUGUAGUUCACAAAUACCUAAGGGCUUCCAGUGUAUUCAUUGACAGCAGUAGUAGAGUGAGGGUGGCUGAUUACAGUAUUGAUAAAAGAUUGUGUGAUCUGUAUCAGACCGCAGAGAAAGCGCGACCUGGCGUUCACUUCCAGGAUGCGAAACACCCCACACCUAGCCGUGGAGGCAAGAAAGAAGAUAUAUUCCAACUGGGUUUGCUCAUUCUGUCAUUAGCUGAAGGCCAACAUGUACAGGACAUUCAGCCAGUGAUACCAGCACAGCUGCCACCUCAACUACACGACUUCAUCACAAAAUGUUUGAUACAAGACGAGCGUCACCGAUGGUCAGCCUCCCAGUUACUUGACCAUGCUUUUCUGAAAGAACCAAUCCCUGUCACUAUUGCCAGCCAGCAGACAGGACAGGACAGAUCUGGAAAAACGAGUGAAGAUGAUGACAGUGAUGACAAUGAUGACCUUCUCAACAUCUACGUUACUGAUCUAGAGGCAACGGGAAAGUCUCGACUGACGGCCGAAUUUGAUAUUCUCAGGUCUCUCGGAAAAGGAGGCUUUGGUGAUGUCAUAAAGGUAAAAAACAAGUUGGAUGGCCGCCUUUAUGCUAUUAAGCGUAUUCCUUUGAACCCAAAAAGCAAACAGUUCAACAAAAGGAUUACACGAGAAGUUAAACUGCUGUCACGGCUGAAUCAUGAAAAUGUAGUUAGAUAUUACAACUCGUGGAUUGAAGUGAGCGAGGAACCUGCUUACAGUGAGGACUCGUCUCUCUCAAAAAGUGAUUCCAGCUCAAAGAAAUCACCAGCUGACGUGAACGUCACAAGGAACAGUCUCGGAUUCUUGGACAGCAUUGAACAGAAUGUCCCUCAGAUGGCCAACUCAUCUGUUGAGUGGAGCAUCAAUUUAUCAUAUGACACAGCGGCCGUUGAAAAACCCUCAGAGUCAGACUCUGAUGAUGAUGAUGAUGAUGAUGAUGAUGAUGAAAACGAUGUGUUUGGGGUAUCCUUCUUACCAUUCAUGGACACAUCUAUGAGCAUCAAUUUUGAAGGAGAGACAGACACUCCAUGUUUGGAGUCAGAUAGUACAAAAAAUGGUGAUGUGAAAGAUAGUAGGAAUGAAGACACUCCAGAUGUCCCCAAGCUGCAGUAUCUCUACAUACAGAUGGAGUACUGUGAAAAGAGCACAUUGAGGAAUUGUAUCGAUGUCGGUCUGUACCAAGAUGUCACCAGGGUGUGGAGGCUGUUCAGAGAAAUCAUUGAAGGACUGGUUCAUAUCCACGACCAGGGAAUGAUUCACCGAGAUCUCAAGCCUGUUAACAUCUUCCUCGACUCAAAUGAUCAUGUGAAGAUUGGAGAUUUUGGUCUUGCUACUACAGAUAUCAUCAACAAGAGUGCAUUCAUGGAUAUGACUUCAGGCCUUGGUUUAUCUGAAUUCAGUCUGCUCAGUUGCUCCCAGUCUGGCAGUAUGAAUGAUGGCAACCUCACUGGCAAGGUCGGGACUGCCUUGUAUGUUAGUCCGGAAAUGAUGACUGGGGCUGCCAAGGUUCAUUAUGACCAGAAAGUCGACAUCUACAGUCUUGGUGUGAUUUUCUUUGAGAUGUGUUUCAAACCUCUGUCCACUGGGAUGGAGCGAGUGAAAAUCCUCAGUAAUAUCCGAGCGGAGAGCAUCACUUUUCCUGAUGAUUUUGAUGAGAUUAAAAUGUCUAAUCAAGCUCUCAUACUUCGCUGGCUAUUGAACCAUGACCCGAGUCUACGUCCAACUUCCCGGGAGUUACUCCAGUCUGAUUACCUCCCCCCACCUCAGAUGGAGGAAGCUGAACUGAACGAGAUCUUGAGGUCAGCGCUAGCCAACCCACAGUCAAAAGCUCACCGCAGAAUGUUGGACGCCAUCUUUUCACAGCAGAUCACUUCAGGAUACGACUUAACAUAUGAUGUUGAUAUCUACAAGGGUGCUUUCUCUUCAAAACAUAUGUUGCUACUGGAUCUUGUGCACAAUUCUCUUGAGAGGGUUUUCCAGAUCCACGGAGCCAUCAGAGUGACGACGCCACUGCUGAUGCCGAUGUCGAAUGUGUACACACACAGUGAGCAGUACGUCUGCUUCAUGGAGCGCAGCGGUGGCAUUGUUAGUCUGCCGUUUGAUCUCAGGGUUCCAUUUGCCCAUUACAUUGCGAGAAAUAACAUUCACUACCUCAAGCGUUACAGCAUGGAGCGAGUGUACAGAGAGAGGAAACCAGCCGGCCUACACCCACGUGAACAAACUGAGUGUUCAUUCGAUAUCGUCACUUCAAAACCAGAAAGCUUGAUUCCUGAUGCAGAGGUUUUGGUCGUUGUUCAGGAUGUCAUCACAGAGUUUUCAUCCUUACAGUCAAGGAACUAUUUUAUACGGGUCAACCACUUUGCUUUGUUGAAAGCUAUUUUGCUGUUCUGUGGUAUUCCAGAGGAGAAACAUGAACAAGUUCUUUUACUGUUAGAUAAUUCAAAGUUGGACAAGUUCAGUCUGGACAAGUUCAGACAGGUCAAGUCACUGGAAACUCAGUGUGGAAUUAGCCUCACAGAAGAGAAGUCAGCCUGGUUUGUUAACUUACUUAAAAUGGAGGAUCAGUACAACAAAGUAGCCAGCACUCUGCGAAUUAUAACCAAGACCAAGGGAGAGGCAAGCACUCUAGCAAAGCAAGCCUUACAUGAACUGGAAACUGUUAUCACAAAUGCUACAACAAUGGGUUUGAAAUUACAGAUUCUGCUGACUCUUGGUCUCAUCUACAACCCGCUGCAAUACACCAGUGGUCUGGUGUUCCAAGUGGUCUGUGAGUACAAGAAGAAGAAACACACAGGGGUGGAAGUCCUGGCCGCGGGUGGCAGAUACGAUCUGUUGAUAUCUAGGUUCCACUCCCCAGUCCACCCUCCCACAAGUUGUCAGUGUGCGGUGGGUGUCAGUCUAUCACUGGAGAAGAUCGUGGCAGCUGUGGUGGAAGAGAAGGAGGCUCCCAGUCCAUUUGAUAUUCUCGUGUGCACCAUUGGCCACAAAACAAUGAUGAAGGAAAGACUUACAGUGGUUAAGGAUCUAAGGGCUGCUGGAUUGAAAGUUGACAUGGUCUUUGACACGAUGCAGAACCUUGAAGACAUUCAGGACCACUGCAAGCGUGCUGGAAUUUCACACAUUGUCAUACUCAAAGAUGGUGACACAGGCUUUGUGAAGGUUCGAUCGAUGGACAAAGAAAAGAAAGUUCAGAUGACAGAACUGGUAGAAUUUCUCCAACAGAAGUUGAACACGUCUAGAAUGGAGACAGCCGCAGGUGACUCUGUGCAGGGAACAGAUCGUAAAGGCACCUCAUCCAGCACAGACUUGGCACCAGUCUAUAACAGUAACUAUGGAAACAUGACUUUCAACUUCAUCUUUGUAAUGCAGGAAAGAAAGCUUGGAUUGAAUGCACGCAAAAAGUUCGAGUCACAGAUUGUUGGCAAAACAUUAUCAGCACUGCCAUGGUUACCAGCAAAGUCUGUAGAUGUCAUAGCAACAGAUCUAAACCUUUCAGCUUUAAAGAUCAUUUCUGCGUAUCUAGAGUUGGAUGGGACAGAAGCAGAAUUUGAUGCAAGUAUUGCUGGCAUUGUUGAAAGAUUGGCACGUCACAGGAAAUAUUUGACACUCAUAACUGAUCGUAUUCAUGAAUACAAGUUUGAGAAAAAAUCUCCAUUCCUAAUUUUAUAUGGCUCAAAGGAUGACAGUAUCCGACUGCUAACCUGACUGCUACAAAGAAUGCAUUCCAUGGAGUGACAAUUCACCAAGACUAAAAUAACAGUGUUGUCCAUGGUAGAGAAAAGUCAUCUUCAUCCAAGCACACUGUCUAAUCAGUGGCUUAGAGAUGUCUGGCAGGCAGUAACCGUGAUGCUGUGUAUAGAGAAGACACCCCAGCACAUUGUUUUAUGAGCAGUAACCAGAUGUCUAACAUAGUAACUGUGACUGACUAGAGAAGACACCCCAACACAUUGUUUUAUGAGCAGUAACCAGGUGUCUAACAUAGUAACUGUGACUGACUAGAGAAGACACCCCAACACAUUGUUUUAUGAGCAGUAAUCAGGUGUCUAACAUAGUAACUGUGACUGACUAGAGAAGACACCCCAGCACAUUGUUUUAUGAGCAGUAACCAGGUGUCUAACAUAGUAACUGUGACUGACUAGAGAAGACACCCCAGCACAUUGUUUGAUGAGCAGUAACCAGGUGUCUAACAUAGUAACUGUGACACUGACUAGAGAAGACACCCCAGCACAUUGUUUUAUGAGCAGUAAUCAGGUGUCUAACAUAGUAACUGUGACACUGACUAGAGAAGACACCCCAGCACAUUGUUUUAUCAGCAGUAAUCGGGUGUCUAACAUAGUAACUGUGACUGACUAGAGAAGACACCCCAGCACAUUGUUUUAUGAGCAGUAACCAGGUGUCUAACAUAGUAACUGACUGACUAGAGAAGACACCCCAGCACAUUGUUUUAUGAGCAGUAAUCAGGUGUCUAACAUAGUAACUGACUGACUAGAGAAGACACCCCAGCACAUUGUUUUAUGAGCAGUAACCAGGUGUCUAACAUAGUAACUGUGACUGACUAGAGAAGACACCCCAACACAUUGUUUUAUGAGCAGUAACCAGGUGUCUAACAUAGUAACUGUGACUGACUAGAGAAGACACCCCAGCACAUUGUUUUAUGAGCAGUAACCAGGUGUCUAACAUAGUAACUGUGACUGACUAGAGAAGACACCCCAGCACAUUGUUUUAUGAGCAGUAAUAAGGUGUCUAACAUAGUAACUGUGACUGACUAGAGAAUACACCCCAGCACAUUGUUUUAUCAGCAGUAAUCAGGUGUCUAACAUAGUAACAGUGACACUGUGUAUAGAGAAGACACCCCGAGCAGCUGUCAGGUGUCUAACAUAGAAAUUGUGACUCUGACUAAAGAAGACACCCCAGCACAUUGUUUUAUGAGCAGUAAUCAGGUGUCUAACAUAGUAACGGUGACACUGUAUAGAGAAGACACCCCGAGCAGCUAUCAGGUGUCUAACAUAGAAAUUGUGACACUGACUAGAGAAGACACCCCAGCACAUUGUUUUAUGAGCAGUAAUCAGGUGUCUAGCAUAGAAAUUGUGACACUGACUAGAGAAGACAGCCCAGCAAAUUGUUUUAUCAGCAGCUAUCAGGUGUCUAACAUAGUAUCUGUGACACUAGGUCUAGAGAAAACACCCUAGCACAUUAUUUAAUCAACAGAUGUUAGGUGUUUUACAUGUGGUAAUUGUAACACCUGAUCAAAAGAGAGAGAGAAGUUGAUAAUCAGCAAUGUUAGGUGUUUACCAUAAGGUAAUUGCGACACUAGAUCUAGAGAGCACUCUCCAGUACAUUGUUAGCAAAUAGUAAACAUCUAACAACGGUGAUUGUGAUACUGGGUCUAAAAAGCAGAAGACACCCCAGCACAUUGAUAAUCAGCGAGUAUUGGGUGUCUAACGAUAAUUUUGACUUCUUUGGAAGGUGAGAGAAGAUAAGCCAUUGUAGUUUUUAAUCAGCAACUAUUAUCAGAGGGGUCUAACAUACUGUCAUUGUGACAGAGAGUGAGAGAAGAUAUCUUAGCACAGUUUUUAAUAGUGACUAUUAGGUGACUGAUGGUAAUUCUGUCUUAGAAGGUGAAAAAAGGUAUCCUCAUCGGUUUUUGAUAGUGACUAUUGGGCGACUGACAGUAUUUAUGACUUUAAAGAGUGAGAGAAGAUAGUUUUUGAUAGUGACUAUUAGGUGACAGUAAUUAUGACUUAGAGAGUGAGAGAAGAUAUCUCAGCCAUUUUUAAUAGUGAUUAUUAAGUGACUGCUGGUAAUUAUGACUUGGAGAGAAUGAGAGAAGAUAUCUCAGCCGUUUUUAAUAGUCACUAUUAAGUGACUGAUUGUAAUUAUGACUUAGAGAGUGAGAGAAUAUAUCUCAGCAUAUUUUUUAAUAGUGACUACCGCAUAUCACUGUGCAUUAGCCGACUCUGUGGAUAAGCUGACCACUUAGUUUACCCCCUCAAUAUCUGGUACAAAAAGGUUUGUAUGAUGUAUAAACCGACUCAAGUUUUAUAUAGUUGAACUGGACAAAAAUCGAGAUAAAUCGAGAUAAUGUCGGUCUCUUAUUAGGUGACUGCCAGUAAUUAUGACUUAGAUGGCGAGAGAAGAUGUCUCAUUACAGUUUUAAUUGGUGACUAAUAGGUGUUAUAUAAUAAUGGUGAAACUUGGUUUAGAGAGUUAAUAAAGAUACCAAGUUUGUGUUAGAGAUUAAAACCAUCUCUGUGAUAGCAUUAUAGUGCACUAGUCAUUUUCGCACUGUCUGAACUGAUGUUGUCUCCAUUGGGUUGAUGUGUUGGUUGAAAAUGCAAGUUCAUAUUAUAGUUAACAAAAUAUUCUUGCCAACCUGAUUGCAGGUGAGUUGAAUUGUAUAAUUUAUGGUACAGUUGUUAUUAAGGCCUCAUUGGAGAAUAUUUACUGGCCAAUUGAGUUGCCAAUAAAUGUUUUAUUAUUUCACACAUGACAUCAUUUUAAUGAGUGCUGUUUGAGAUUACUGAAGAACUUACAUGAAUAGGACCAAACUUCAAUCAAUCAAUCAAUUAAUCAGCGAGUAUGUGUGUUUAACAAUAUCAGCAUGAAAAAAAUCAUUGGUUGGAUUGGUUAUUAAAAUUUAUGAUAUAUAUGAAACUAGUGAACAAGAUAAAAAAAAAAAAAAAUUAAUAACUUGAUUAAUUUCACACAAAUCUAUGAUCAAAAGUCUUUGCUUUUAAAAUUUGCUUGCUUUCAUGCAUAAUGAACAGUGUCAAAAAGAAAAUGGACUACUUUCAUGUAUUCUGAGAUGGGGAUCUAGUCCAUUUUUGACAAUUUGUUAAAACAGUGAAGAUGUAACUUGUGCCAUUUAACAGGUCUUCAGUAUGUGUAAUUAGAAAUGGGCCAUAAACCCUAAAGUAUUUUACAUUCUCUGAUCAUUCAGUAGAUCACCAUGCAACAAGAAUAAGCAGUGGUAGAUUUUAAGAUACGAUUUUAAUCUAACAGCAUUUAAGUUUGGCUUUCAGUUUCACUAAUUUCUGCUUUAUUUACAAUGCCAAAGUGUUUGGGUUUUUUACUGUUUUUGAGAUAAAAUAAAUGUUUUUAUGUCAUUUGUUUUGCUUGUAACUUCAUCAUUUCAUGUGUUCACCAUUUUUAGUUCCUACUUGACAUUGUUAUACUUAGAUAAUAAGAUCUUUAGUUUGUUUACAAACAUUACUUCCAGGUUUGCCUGAUGUGUGACAAUCAGAAUUUUAGUACAAUUCUGAUUUAUUUGUAAUAUUAUGUCAGUCAUUUCUGUUAGGUGACAUAUUGAACAGAUAGUUCAUAAGGUAAGAAUGAAGACAGCUGAAAUUAGUAUAGAUUGCUCUUAGUUAUUUUCCUUUAUUUGUGUAUAUGCACAUGGUAUGUGGAAUGCACGAUGGCUGAUAGCUCCAGGUAGUAAUCCAUACUGGAAUGUGUUGAGUGCGUCGUUAAAUAAAACAUUUCCUUCCAUAAUCCAUACUGGAUGGAAUAAAUACUGUUGUAGUAUAAAACGUCUAUAGUUUCCUCGAAAAAAAUGCUAAUUCCAGGAAUUCCCUUUUAUGUAUGAUGCUAGUGACGAAAGCAAUUAAUAGGCUGCCAUAGCAAUGAUGACAUUCUGCUCAAUUUGGUUACAUCCAGCAGGAAUACACAUACUGAUAACUGUUGUCAUGUCUCACACUAUAAUUUUUUCUUUGUUAAAAUACUACAAUGAUAUCAUAUGCAAGUAAAUCGUACCAAUGGUAUUUUUACUGGAUUCUUCGUUCCACAUACCAUGUUCAUCAUUUAAUAUUUUUAAAAAUUAUAUCCUUAUAUCUUUAUUAUCUUUUACUUUUUCUUUCCCUUUCAGAAAGGUACAGGGCCAUUUAACAAUUAUGUAAUGCUCAGUGUGGGGGUCGGGGGGGGGGGGGGGGGGAAGAGGGAGAAAGAGGACGUUAUCACAGGAUACAUUUCAAAAUGUUAUGAGUAUAGGAUGGGGAGCAGGUCAACUCUCCCCACACUGUUUAGUUAACUCGUAUUAUUACUGGUUUAUUAAUUAAAUAUACCAAUAUUUUAAGCAAUAAUGUGCAGUAAAUAUUGUUGAAUAUGCACACCAGUCGGAGUCCAAAAGCCUUGCCUGAUCAUUCCUUUAAGGAAAUAAGGGACAAACUCACAAACAUCAUUAAAACAGGCUUGAUAGUUCAUUGUUUAUCCGAUACUAGGAUCUCCCCAAAUAAAACCAUUUAAUAAGUGGUCGUAAUAGCAGAGGUUCGCUGUAAUAUUAAAUAUAAAAUGACAAUAAAGUUGUAAAUUUUUAAUUUCGUCACAGUUAUUUACAGACAGUAAAGUUAUGGAAUAUAAUGCAGCCAGUCUUUAACAAAUGAUUUUCUGUCAAGUAUUUAUUACUUGAUACCAAACCAAAUAACAAAUUUAUUUAAAGAGAAAAUCCAAUAAUAUUGGACAAAUUACAUCAUGAUGGGGAAAAGCGGGGAGAGUGGUAUUGACCAGAAUUAUGCAAUUUUAGAAUACUUGGCUAAACCUGUUGGUUAAUUUCAUGAAAGAGUGUUUGGUACGUAGAAGUUACGAGUUUCGGGCUACUGGAUCAGUUAUUCUAAAGUUUGUGAUAAAGUUUCAUGUACAGUGCUAUAUAGUGUAUUUUUGAAACUACAUUAGAGUGCAGGAAAAUUUUGUUGGUGCUUUGCAAUUAUUUUAGUUGUUUCUAGGAUCAGAAAUACACCAAUUACUUACAUUAUACAUUGUUGUAGGACCAAAGAUGUAUCAGGUUGUGGGGUUAUUUGAUUAUGUUAUUAAUAUUGAUCUACCGUAAUAAUAUAAUCAAUGCUAUACACGACUGAACAAAAUGAUUAUUGUUAUUUUUGUUAGACAAUUAUGAAUAUAUAAAAACAGUGCAACUGAGCAUCUAGUUUUAUCUGGUGUUAGAACUGGAUAGACCUACUGAACAGAAUUCAAAAUUUACCUUCAACUGUUUAUGUAUGUAUAUUUUGUAAUAAAUAUUUUAAUAAACA